AGAGAAAGAGGGAGAAUUUGAUUCACAACAAUAACAUUCUUGAGUGAGAGAGAGUUAAAUAAUAUUCACAAAAGAGGGGGCGAGAGGGAGAGUUGAAAGUUGACUCGCAGCAUUAAUAUUGCGGAGCGAGAGGGGGCGAGGGAUGGGGAACUCGAGCGGCUGCACGGUGGACGACCUGCAGGCGGUGGAGAUGCACCUGUGGUAUAAGAAGUUCAUGACGGAGUGUCCGUCCGGCCAGCUCACGCUGCACGAGUUCAAGCAGUUCUUCGGCCUGCGGGGCCUCGACUCCGAGGCCAACGCCUACAUCGAGCAGAUGUUCCGCACCUUCGACAUGAACAAGGACGGCACCAUAGACUUCAUGGAGUACGUGGCGGCGCUCAGCCUGGUGAUGCGGGGCAAGAUCGAGCAGAAGCUGCGCUGGUACUUCAAGCUCUACGACGUCGACGGCAACGGCUGCAUCGACCGACACGAGCUGCUCAACAUCAUCAAGGCUAUCCGUGCCAUCAAUGGUACUGAAUCGCAGGAACUGAGUGCAGAGGAAUUCACCAACCGCGUGUUCGACAAGAUUGACAUCAACGGAGAUGGGGAGCUCUCACUGGAGGAGUUUGUGGAAGGCUCGCGAAACGACCAGGAGUUCAUGGACGUGAUGAUGAACAGUCUGGACCUGUCUCACAUCGUGACCAUGAUCCACAACCGGAGACACAGCGUUUAAACUACAAACACACACACAGAUAAACACACACACAGACACACUCACACACAGACACGCACUAGACUACAGGCUGCCCUACAUUAGAAUGGGCAGGACCACUCUGUAGAGGCAUAGCCACAGUUAUACUGCACCUUCUACUGUGUAGGAGGACAAAGGACAAUUUUAAAAAAACGA